AUGUCCAACGGAUCACAGCGUCGCCGCCUCCGAGAUGAAUCCUCGUCUGCAACCCUGCAAGAGGCCAAAAGGUAAGUGACCCCACAGGGAACUGGCGCGCUACAAGGUGGACAUCGUCGCACUCAGUGAGACCCGGUUCUCCAAACAAGACCAACUGGAGGAGGUGGGUACCAGUUGCACCUUCUCCUGGAGCGGUCGCCUCAAGGCAGAACGAUGGGACGCGGGUGUCGCCUUCGCCAUCCGGAACGUUAUCGCGGGACGACUGCCCUGUCUGCCGCGGGGUAGCAACGAUCGCCCAAUGAGCCUCCGCCUGCAUCUACGGGGAGGCGAUUUAACCACCAUCUUCAGUGUCAGCCGCACACAUGUUGAGGAUUCCCGUCCGUUCUAG